CCAAAAGUGUGCUGCCAACAAGCGAUCGGAAGCCCUCUCCCUAAUUUGUUCUCUCGUUCUCCUUAAGCUUGCUCAUGGCGAAACCCUACAAAGGAUUCAUCAACGGCUUCCGCAGGCUCUACUCCCACGAAUUCCCGUCGAAUCCUUCGCUGCGAAGCCCCAUUCCUUGGGGUCAGACGCGGUUCUUGAAUUCAGCUCCAUUUCGCUCCAGCCGCUCCGCGAGUCCCUCGCCGCUUCCGGAUCCCGCAUCCUCGAAUCGCUUCUUUAACCGUUUCUUCACUUUGGACUGCAACUCGAGGCGUCAGGGCUCCGAAACUGCCAUCAAGCUGCGAUCUUUGGGUUCCGGGAUCAAGGGGCUCGGUCGGAUCAGCGAAAGUGGGUACGGCUCCCAGAUCUUCUCCAUCAGGAGUCUGAACUUCGGCAAAUAUAGGGUAUUUGGUGGGGGCGUGGGGAAAUCGGUGGUCGAUAAGCCCUUGUCGGCCGUUUCGUCGGCGUUCUCGCGGUACCGCGAGGCGGUCGGAUUGCAAAUGGAUGCGUUUUGGAGGAGGAACUAUAUGAUUCUCGUGGGGGCCGGCGCGGUGGUCGCAUGCUUUGCGCUAUGGAGGAUCAUGUUUGGGAUCGCGAGCACCUUCGUCGGGCUUUCGGAAGGCAUGGCUAAGUACGGGUUUCUUGCGCUCGCGUCUGCCAUUGUCGCUUUCGCUGGCAUGUAUUUCCGUGCAAGGUUCACUAUUAAUCCUGACAAGGUAUAUAGAAUAGCAAUGAGGAGACUGAACACGUCUGCUGGGAUUCUUGAGGUUAUGGGUGCCCCUUUAACUGGGACGGAUGUGAGGGCAUAUGUAAUGUCUGGAGGUCGACCCAAACUGAAGAACUUUAAGUUGAAGUUUGGCGACAAACGGUGUUUUCUGAUAUUCCCCAUCCGAGGAUCUGAAAGGAGGGGCCUUGUAAGCGUCGAGGUCAAGAAUAAAAAGGGCCAGUAUGACAUGAAGCUACUUGCAGUUGAUAUACCAAUGGCUUCAGGGCCUGAUCAGCGGCUGUUCCUUGCGGGCAACGAGCAGGAAUACAGAGUGGGAGGAGGUUUGAUAUCUGAACUAAGAGAUCCCAUAGUGAAAGCAAUGGCUGCAGAGAAGGAAUUUGAAGAUCUAGAUCAGAAGGAGGACGAAGAAGAUGAAAUCAGGGUGCGGGAGGAGGCAGAAAGAAAACAGCGAGAAGAGGAACAAAGAGCACUCGAGGCAGAAAAGCAGCGGCACGAAGAGGAAGAAAGAACAGUUGAUGCAGCUGAUACCAAGCACCGGUGAGCCCAAGGACAGUUGUAGUUCGAAGAGUGAACUUGUGGCUUUACAUAUUUUGUUGUGAAAUUUUCAAGCAUAAGAAUAGCGGCAUGCCGCAUUCAGAGAACUAGAUUUCCAUAAUACACAAAUUUUUUCUCUAGGGAAGUUGAAGGCAGGCUUUCUGUUCCCUGUCAUUGGCAUAAUGGCUUUUAUUGCUUCUGAAGCCUAAUAACAUUCAACGAACUUGUCUAGUCCUUUUAUUGGCUCUUAUAUUUAUCAGGUCCUAAUUGGCCGACCACUUGGCCAUAAGACUGAAGAGGUGAGAUUAUGAGAUAAUACCCUUUCUGUUCA